AACCACUUACGUUACGAAGAUUUUAAAAAUAUCUUAACGUUUACUAUUCAUGCUAAAAAAACCUGCCUCAGUAUUCUUCUGCUUUGAGGGUCUCUAUCAUCGCUGCUUCUUGUUCCUCAUUUGAACUUCCUAUGUAGGGAAGACAGAGAUUAAGAGUGCUAGAGAGUUUUGCUGCAACGCAAAUGACCCGAAGAAGUUGAGGAAUUGUACCUUUUUUUGUUUUUUUUUUAGUUUUUCGGGCUUUUGGCACGCGGUUUCUUGUUUGUAGAAAAACCAACGGUGCAAGUGUUGCUGCAUUUUCUCAUUGAAUGUAGAGGAUCUUAUUGGUGUUGCUGGAGUCAGUUUACUGAUCAAAGUCUGAAUCUUUUUUAUUUUACACUAAAUCUAGUAACAUGGGCGUUGCUUAAAAGGUUGCUCUAGUGAUGUGGUUUGGUUUGGUUUGUGAUAUAUGUGAUCUGGGUUUUAGCUGGAAAGAGACUGGAGUUCUGGGUUUAGCUGAAUAGCCCAGGCGAUCAGGUUCUGGCUCCAAAGUGGUUGUUGUGAAUGUUUGGUGACUUUUCAGGCUUUAGUUGGUUAAGUUCGGUGAUUUGAAUCUCUCUUGGUUUUAAAGUUUGUAAAUUUUGGAAGUUCUUCUUGAAAUUGAUCUGUGAGUUUUGUUAAAAAAACCCUUCUGUACUUGAAUUGAGAAAACAUAGUGAAAAAUUAAUGGAGGUUUAAAAUUUUGUGAUGUUAAUUAUUGCAUGACUUGUAAUUCAAAAUCACUUGAUUUGGAUCUGAAGUAAUGGCAACUGUAUCUCCAUCCCCAAAUUCACCCCCCCUGGCUGUUUCAUCACCUUCAAACAGUACACCACCCCCGCCAUCCACUACUAGCUCAUCGCCGCCAGCCUCCUCUCCUCCUCCUCCUACUUCCCCAUCUUCACAGCCCAAUGCCAAUCCACCAAACCCAAGAAACCCUUCAACUCCACCCCCGCCACCUCAACCCGCUCCUCCCGCUCUUUCAAAUCCUCCUCCUGCCACACCACUAACCCCUCCACCCACGACAUCGCAAUCUCCACCUUUAUCCGGUAGUGCACCCAACUCCAAUUCUCCUCCACCACCAUCAGCAACUCCGCCUGUGAGCUCACCCCCACCCCCACCACCACCCUCAUCUAAUCCACCUUCAAUUUCACCUCCACCACCACUGGUGAAUCCACCUACAAGUUCCCCUCCACCACCAUCAUCAAUACCACCACCUCAAAGUUUACCACCACCACCAUCAUCAAUACCACCACCUCAAAGUUUACCACCACCAUCAACACCGCCACUUCAGAGUUCACCUCCACCACCACCCUCAUCAAGGCCACCUCAAAAUUCACCACCACCGCCUCCUCCAACCCCAUCACAACUGCCUACCAAUCCUCCCCCACCACCAGCAUCUGUCUCACCUCCUCGAAGAUCACCUCCACCGCCAGCAUCGACUCCACCUGAGAAUUCACCACCUCCACCAGCAUCAAUAGCCCCUCUUCCCAGUAAUGUGCCGCCACCUCCUAUGCUUACUCCUCCAACUGCAACUGCUCCUCUACCACCACCUGUCCCAUCAUAUUCUACUCCACCAGCAUUGUCACCACCAACAAUAAGAUUGUCUCCACCUCCACCCUCACUUGUUUCCCCGCCAUCACCCACGAACAAUACUGCCCCUAAUUCACCCGAGAGUUCAAACUCCACAGGUAAUGGGGGCAUUGGUAUUGGAGGUAUAGUGGCUAUUGGUGCAGCAAUAGGAAUUAUAAUGCUCAUCCUCGUUGGAUUGGCUCUCUGGUGCAUGAGGAAGCAGCGAAAAGAGAUUUCUGGACUGAAUGGUGUUUAUGUUAUGCCAUCUUCUUUGGGCUCUUCUCCAAGAUCAGGUUCAACUUUCACAAAGACUCAGUCUACAGCUCCCCUAAUAGCAAGUGGUUCUAGCAGUGAUUGUUUUUCUUUGCCACCUGAAUCAAGUGGGUUAGGUAAUUCAGGGCCUUUGUUUGCGUUUGAAGAGCUAGUCAAGGCGACAAAUGGGUUUUCAUCCCAAAACCUUUUGGGAGAAGGUGGAUUUGGUACUGUAUAUAAAGGUUACCUACCAGAUGGGAGAGACGUGGCAGUGAAACAGCUGAAAAUUGGUGGAGGGCAAGGUGAGCGAGAAUUUAAAGCUGAAGUCGAGAUUAUUAGUCGUAUACACCAUCGCCAUUUGGUUUCACUUGUGGGCUACUGCAUAUCUGAGACCCGAAGAUUGCUCGUAUAUGAUUAUGUCCCUAACAAUACCCUUCAUUUCCAUCUUCAUGAGGUGGGUAGGCCAGCUCUGGACUGGGCAACACGUGUUAAGAUUGCUGCUGGUGCAGCUCGGGGGUUAGCUUAUCUCCAUGAAGAUUGUCACCCUCGGAUUAUUCACAGGGAUAUUAAGUCGUCAAACAUUCUUUUAGAUAUCAACUUCGAAGCUAAGGUUUCAGACUUUGGGCUUGCCAAAUUAGCUCUCGAUACAAACACUCAUGUAACAACGCGUGUUAUGGGAACCUUUGGAUACAUGGCCCCUGAAUACGCAUCAAGUGGCAAAUUAACAGAUAAAUCUGAUGUGUUCUCUUAUGGAGUUGUGCUUCUGGAGCUAAUCACUGGACGGAAGCCUGUGGAUGCAUCGCAGCCCGUGGGAGACGAGAGUCUUGUUGAAUGGGCUCGACCUUUGCUAAAUCAUGCACUAGAAAAUGAGGAAUUUGAAAGCUUGGCAGAUCCACGGCUUGAAAAGAAUUACAUUGAAAGUGAAAUGUUCCAGAUGAUUGAGGCUGCUGCAGUCUGUGUGCGGCAUUCAGCUACUAAGAGGCCACGGAUGGGACAGGUUGUUAGAGCUUUCCAUACCUUGGCAAAUGCUGAUCUAACCAAUGGAAUGAGAGUAGGAGAAAGUGAGUUAUUUAACUCUGCACAACAAUCUGAAGAAAUCAGACUAUUUCGAAGGAUGGCAUUUGGUAGUCAAAAUUACAGUACAGAUUUUUUUAGCCCGGAUACUUAAAGAGCACAUGGUAAAUAGUGUUAGAGAUGAAUUCUUCGACAAACAGCAGCAGGACUCAUGAAUUUCGAGAUGGAGCCUAUACAAGCUCAAGAUGUACAGGAUGGUCUCUGAAAUUAACUCUCUGCUGUAGGGAUUGGAUUUCAAGCCCUUAAUACUGGUAGCUGGGUUAAAUUGGUUUUCCCACAUCAUAGCUGGGUUAAAAAAAUAUAUCAUAGUGCUGAACAGUAAAACUAAGUUUUUUUAGAGUGUUCAGGUAAUUCGUUUUAGAAGAAUAAAUGCACACCCAUAAUUUCUUAGCGGAAAAGGAAAUGUUACAUACUUCUUACAUACAACCAUCCAAGAUAAAGGACCACAAAAAAAUUCCGACAGAGAGAUAAUGUUAAACUUACGAACCAUGUAAAGUGAAUGGAACCAAGUUCGGAUAACUCGAGGGAAAAGCUUGUGAAGAAAGCCAUCGCAUAGACAGUGACUAAUUUUUGUUAAUUUCAAUUCUUGAGUAGGGGAGAGAAUCUUGAAGACACUUCAAAACACUCAAGGCAAGGCUUGAGGUCAUACAAGCAACCAUCUAAUUCCCAAGAAAAGUAUGUUUCAAGCAACAACAUCUGGACGCCCUAUGUUUCCCUUUACGUCCAAUAUUCUAUUGUAUGCAAUGACCCAAACUAAAAGCUAUGGCUGCAUUUCAGGAAAUGCAGCAUGUAAUCUUUUAAUUCAUGACUAAUUGCCUCCCUUUUUUUAGCUUUGCCACAUAUCAUUCUGUUUGCUUUACCCUUUCUGAUUACCCUCCAAUGAGGACAAGGAACGUAUUCCUUAUCAAGACAUACCUUCAUCAACCAUUCUUCUUCAUCAACAUCAUCCCCUUCCUUCUCCCAUCUUUGACAUCCAUGGAAGAUCUGAACAUGCUGGCCGCAGAUUGUGUAGUCAUAUCUUGUUGCUGCCAAUGCUUGAUACUACAAUCGAUCAUAUUCGUCUUGCUCAAACUUCCCCGCAAAGUCAUUCAGAAGACCAGAGCAUAUGCUAAGAAGAAGCUUUGGCACAGAAAGAAAGAGAAGAUAUUAGAAUCGGUCAGGGGUAGGUUCCAGGAUAGUUUUGAUAAAUUUCUAGAAGGGUCUAUAGAAAUCCAAGUAGAUGACUUCCAUGGAGGGCAUGAUUGUGAGAGCUGCAUUGAGGAAGUUGAGGAAGUCUUAGAAGGUUUUUCUCAGAAGGGGGAGUUUGCUUUCGGAAGCUUUUGGGGUAGGGUUGGAUCAGGGACCUCUCCAGCAUGUAUAGUAGCUGUGCAGGAAUUUGAUUUAAGUUUUGCACAGUUUGAAGUGGUUGAAACAAUCAGUACAUCUUUCAGGCAUUCAUAUUAA